UUCUAAGGGGUGGAGGAAAUCAUUUAGGGUUAUGGAUGAGAGUGAUGACAAUGAAAUGACAGAUAGUUCUGAGAAUGAAGGGGGUAGGAGGAGGGAGAAGAACAAGGGUGUGCGGUGGAGCCAGGAGGAUCAGAAGAGUCUGAUGGAUCUUUCUGAGAUGGAGAGGAACAAGAGGCUGGAGAGUUUGAUGGCGAGGCGAAGGGCGAGAAGGCUGGUGAGCCUCCAUGUGAGGAGGACAUUGAUGAAUAUUGGCAGUGAUGAUCCUCCAAUCUCCAUUGUGAUUCCCCGAACCAAUGCUGGUUCGAGCAGUCCAUUUUCGCCUACCCCGGGCUCUGCUCCUUCGGUUCUGUUGCCAGCCCACAACCCCUUCGAUCUUCCCUACGAUCAGCACGAGGAGAAGCCGAAUCUCAGAGGAGGAAGCUUCCACCAGGACUUCAUGGUUCCUAAUCAGGAUAUAAUGUUCUGCAGGCAUGAGAGCUUCACUUUAGGUCCUUCAUUCAAUCAGAAUUUCAGGUCUAAGUUCCCACACAGGUUUAAGCUUUUUGAGAUGCCUGAAGGUUUCGGACCAAGAUCUCCAUUUGUUAACAAGGAAGAUGCUGCAGAUAGGAUGAUCGAGCAGGUUACAGUUGAAGAACCCGAUGAGCUGAACCGAGAAAGCACCAGUGAUGUCAAAGAACAGGCCUCUGCUGACCCCGAAGAAGAUGGGAGCGAAGUGCAAAUAAAAUCAGUACUGAUUGAAGAUAUUGAUGACAGGACGAGCUCGUCUUCUUCAGAAGAAGACGACGAGCCAUUCUACAGGAUCGAUAAAGAUGCAAUCUUGAAGUCACUUUCCACACCUUCAUCUUCGAGGAACAUAGCUGUGGACAGCCCGGAGAGUUUGAAUCCUGGACUGUCUAUGUCCCAGAAGGCGAGAAUGGAGGAGCAUUACUACUAUGCCAAUGGCGCCAUGCUUCCUACUCCUAGCCAUUCGGUUGCUUCUGACCUGCAGGUAGAGGUUUCUGAAAUCGGCUCUCCUCCAAGGUCUGUUGAUGGAGCCUCUUCCCUCGAGGAAGAGAUUUCGGUGUAUAAUAGGGAGCUGGAAAAAGACACUGCCUCUAGCAACGAAUGCACGUUGGCUGCCCCAUCUCGCCCGUCUAGGCUGGAUGAAAAUGAAUCGAGGUCUAGAGAAGUGCACGAGGUCACUGAACAAGAUUUAGUCAAGUCUGGAUUUUCGAACAUCAAUCCCACGCUGCACAUCCCACCGGAGAGAGUAAUCCAACAAGAUCCUGUUGAUUCAAGUUCAUUUGCAGAUUCACAUGCUCAUAAGAGUGGAGAAAGAACAGAAAUUAUAGAGCUGGUUAAACGAAACAGCCAUUCAAAGAUUGGUGAAGAAUUGGAGAUUUCUGAAGCUAGUGAGAGCCCUGCUGAUCUUGAAGCAUCAUCCCCACCCGAACCUGUCUUUGAACAAACUCACGUUGCCUCUGCUCCAACGCUAAUAAGCGAAGUAGAGAAUGAUACUUCAAAUUUGGAUCAAGAAGCGCGUGUGGAGGUUCAGGAUGUUAAUGUGCACACAGUAGAGAAUGAUACUUCAGUUUUGGAUCAAGAAGCGCGUGUGGAGGUUCAGGAACACAAAGUAGAAAAUGAUUCUUCAAAUCUUUUGUUAAAUGAUCAAAUGGCUCAGCAUUCCUUUUCACCUGCCGAGGCAGAUAAUAAUGGAGAAAAUUCAAUGUCAAUGGAGAAAAAUGAUGUUAGAGAAGUUACUCAAGAUAGAGCUGUUGAACCACCAAGUGAAAGGGGAUCUUCUGCUGCAAAUCAGAGUGAACUGCUAAUCCCAGAAUCUGGGGAUGAACACGUUCCAGACGUGUCUAGUUCCUCCACGUCUCCCAUAUCUCAACCAAUGUUUUCAAUGAAUGAAGACUCAUCCUCAAGUUUCGUAAGCAAGAUCCAUUCUGAGGAUCAACAAUAUGGUUUUGCAGAACGGCGUGGUGAAGACUUAGGCUCUUCCAUGGUUAACCAGAGCUAUGAUGAUCCUGAAUCUGUGGCUGAACAAAUUUCAACUUCCUCCUCAAGCUCAUCUUCAUCUCCUACCUCCAUAUCACAUGCAAAGUUUUCGUUGGAUCUAGCCUCUUCCAACUGGGAUCAGGAACCGCAAAUUGAGGUUCCACAGUCUCAAAAUCAGAUAGUAGAAACCACACAUCAAGUAACAGAUGACAUUUCAAAUCCCACAACUUCUCAUGAACCAUUGCAGUUAUCAGCUGAUAUCCCAACAGUGCACCACCAGGUUGGUUUAGAAGUCAGCCAUGUUUCUUCUGAUGAUCACAACAAGUCUUUUGAUGAAGCCAGCAGUGAUACUCAUGUCAAUUCUUCAAUGAUCCAGGAGAGGGAGAUACUGAAUAUUGAUUCUGCUAAAGAAACUGAAGGUCUGCCCGAAUUGGAGACUAUUGCCCGUCGCUCAGAAUCAUAUGAUCAUGACAGGUCUUCUGAGGAAACCAGAAAUAAUCAUGUCAAUCCUUUGGUGAUCCAUGAGGAUACACAAAACAAAGAUUCUGCUAAAGAAACUGAAGGUCUGCCCAAAUUGGAGACUACUGCCCCUUGUUCAGAAUUGUAUGAUCACGACAAGUCUUCUGAGGAAACCAGAAAUAAUCAUAUGAUUCCUUUGGUGAUUCAUGAGGAUACACAAAACAAAGAUUCUAUUGUAGAGACGAAAGGUCUGUCCGAACUUGAAACUAGUGCCCAUCAUUCAGAACCACAUGAUCGCGAGAAGUAUUAUGAGGAAACCAGUACCAGUAAUCAUACCAAUACAUCAGUGAUCCCGGAAGAGGUUUUGAAGAUGGAGACUGAGAGUCUGCCCAAACCGGAGAUGACUAACAAUCGUUUGGAAUCAAAUGAUCACGAGAAGUCCUCUAAGGAAACCAGCAGUGAUAAUCAUAAAAAUGCAUCAGUGAUCCCGGAGGAAAUUUUGAAGAUAGAUUGUACUGAAGCGCCCGAAAGACUACCUAAACUGGAGAUGACUACCAAUCGUUUGGAAUCAAAUGAUCAUGAGAAGUCCUCUAAGGAAACAAGCAGUGAUAAUCAUACCAAUGCAUCAGUGAUCCCGGAUGAGGUUUUAAAGAUAGAUUGUACUGAAGAGACUAAGUGUCUGCCCAAACCGGAGAUGAUUAUCAAUCGUUUGGAAUCAAAUGAUCAUGAGAAUUCCUCUAAGGAAACCAGCAGUGAUAAUCAUACAAAUGCACCAGUGAUCCCGGAGGAAAUUUUGAAGAUAGAUUGUACUGAAAAGACUGAGAGUCUGCCCAAAUCGGAGAUGACUACCAAUCGUUUGGAAUCAAAUGAUCACGAGAAGUCCUCUAAGGAAACUAGUAGUGAUAGUCAUACAAAUGCACCAGUGAUCCCGGAAACUAAUAAAUUGUACUGA